AUGUCGAGUCUGCUCCAGCCUAGCCCAACCGAUGCAGUCGAUCGUGCAAUCCGGUCCCGUUUGGCAAGGGACCUCCGCCUUCGACCGCACGAGCACGUGUACCCGCACGCGGUGCCCGCGUUGAGCCACGAGUUGGACUACCAAGCCCUAUACGAGCACUCGGAACCUCAAACAGCCUUGCCACCCGGAGCACGGCGUCCCGUCGCAGCCCUUCAAGACGUCGCACUCGAGAAACGUACCUACAAAGCCCUCUUCAGCUUUCUGUCGAAACAUCGUGUCGCUCACAGGGUGCUCGAGCAGGCCGCGAAUUUGCUCUCUCGUGCUUCCGAUCCCAUCUUUUGCAACGCUACGCCCGGAUGCAGUGAAACAAUUCACAAUUGGCGCAUCCAGGUCCUCGAGCCACUCCUCGGGUAUAUGUGGAGUCAAUGCCACAAGCGGAAGGAAGGACCACCGGUUAAACCUGAUUCGUGCAAGGUUCAUUUCGUCACCCCCGAAACCGGUCGACCUCCAGGAAUCAUCCUCGUUCUCGUCGUCGGCGGAGUCGUCGUCUCGCGCUUGCCGGUUCUAUUCGAACGUGAUAUGAAUUUCUUGAUGUUUGGACCGCAGCCGAACCUGUUCGCACGCAAGGAUCGAUGCAAACUUCAUCUCGAGCAAGACGAUCCUAUUCCGCUAGACCCGACGCUUAGGAGUCACGGCGCGCAGGCGAUGUUGAACAAGGUCAGAGGGCGAGCUGUUCAUUUGCUGAUAGCGACCACAGAUGCGGAUCGAGUUUAUUUUACUGAUCAGAUUCAUGGUCUUUCCCCACAGCUCGCUGUGCUGAUGGAAUCAGGGGUCCCUGAGUGCGAUCCCUUGACAGGGACGCGAUCGGGGCAGCCGCGCUUUGGUUUGAUUGUCGGUACGCGCAUGAGUGUUCUUACAGAAGCUGGUAAGCUCCAGCACUAUAUCCAUUGCGGGUUCGUUCUCUGAGCCCAAUCUUGAUGUCGUUUGCUUACCCUGGUUACCCACAAGUCCAAAACCCAAACAACACUCAAGAGGUCGGAUACCUUCUUUCCUCUAUCCAACUCGUCCGUCGGAACUUUGAGCACACAACGGGCGAUCUCCCUUUCUUCUUCGAAAAUAAAUCCAUGACCGAUCUCGCCCUUGCUGUUAUGGUCGACAGCCUUACUCAGGUACCGACGCCCUCUCCCGAAAUGGUCGCACGCUUAUUCCGACCGCCAAAGAUCGGCGCGCAAACUUGGCGGAAAGCAUUCGAGAAGGAAUGGAUCCAAGACUACGACCCCGAGUUGGAUGCGCAGAUCCCUUUGACCGUUCAAGUGUGGGAAGGAAAGUACUUUUCUGUACGCGCACAGCUGGCCCAUACCCAAAAACCCGUGAGCUCGCCCUCGACGGCGUGUGCAGUUUUGUUCUCCUCGCUCCUGACGUGAUCGGCUCGUCUUUGCCCCCCCAACUUCAAAGCUGCGCUUCUUUCGUCGGCCUCGUGGGCGCAUGUGGAAUCUCCUCUAUGACGGGACCAAUGUGUUCGAAGCGGUCAAAUUCAAGCCUGUUUUACGAUCAACCCCACCCGAGCUAGCGUCGAGGCCAAAGUACAAGCCAAGCCGUCGCUUCAGCGUUCUCCCACCAGAAUUGAUCGCCUAUCUCGAAUGCGGAUUGAGGAACACCCCAAUGAACCCGACAGAGAUGACCUACGAACGUUUAUCAGCGAGCGACUUCAAGGACGCCAAGAGACUACCCGUCAUGUACUACCCCCAAUUGAUCGCGUACGGUGGUGCCUGUAGGGUGUUUGGCGGUGUUUUGUCCAAGGCGCCGUCGAGACGAUCAGAGCUUAAGAAGUCGAAUCCGGCUUCGCUUCGGCGAGAAGAGUCCGACCGCUCCAUGCUCGCCGAUGGAAAGCGCCGCAAGCUGGGAACUGAAUCGAACGUGCCUACUGCUCGAGCUGAGCAAACCGAGCCCAAAGUUUCAACGCACCGACGGACACGUACGAAAAGCGGCGUGAUUGAUUACGAGGAACCCGUUGUGCUCAAGCUGUAUGAAAAUGAGGAUCUGGAGUCGUGCAUCAUCGAAUCGCUUUUCUAUGAGCACGUCUUCCCCCUCUUGCCUUCGAAAGCUCGUGCUUUGCUACCUCCGUAUUACGGCACGUAUCGAUCUACGGAUGGGGUAGCGAUGAUGCUUGUUCUUGGGUACGGCGGGAGGAGGAUCUUUGAGCCGGAUGAGACGGAGGAGAUUUGCGACAAGAUCAAGUGAGUCCUCUUUCUGAUCCUCCUUUCGAUCAUUCUUCUUCCAACCCAACAUCUUCCGACUGAAUUGGGCUCCCCCGCCCCUCCUCUCUCUCUCUCUCUUCCUAUUAGUGCGGGCUUCGAGCUGUUCUCAAGACUAGGAAUCCAACACGGUGAUGAGGACACGAGGAACGCGUUGAUCCGCGACGACGGAUCGGUGUGCCUCAUCGAUUGGAAUCGUGCCACGCUCGACUUUGAUCCGAAAUACUUGCGUGAGCCGAUUCGAUGA